GCUCCUCCGCGGCGGCAGCAUUCGUCGUCAAUCGACACGAGCAGGAUGAUUCAAGCACUGCAGGCAGCGAUGCGACCGUUCGCGGAUGCAGCGUCUGGGCCCACGGACGAUUUUGCAGACACCCUCGAGGCAUCGAAGGCUGCGAUCGCGCAAGCGCUGCGAGACGCAAAAAACGGUUCCGCGGGCGCCGCGCAGCCCGCCGCCGCGCCGGCGGGCGCGGAGCCGAUGCAACUCGACGGCGGUAACGACGCGGAGCUCCGAGCCCGGCUCGCGGCGACGACACAACGCGCGACCGAAGCGGAGCGGCGCGCGGCGGAAUUGGAGAAGCGCCUGGCGGCCGAGCGCAAGGCGCGCGAGGCGGCCGAGCGCAAGACGCGCGACGCGGAUGCGUGCACCGUCGCAGAAAGGAAGCGCGCCGACGAUCUCGAGGAGGAGCUCCGCAUCGCCGACCGGGGCAACCUGGCCCUUCAAUCUAAAUUCGCGGAAGAGCGCAAGGCACGCCGGGCGGCCGAGAAGGCGCUCCGGGAGGUGCAAAGACGACCUGCCUCGACCUCGCUCUUGGCUCAGUCGUCUGCGAGGGCCUUGGCCGCGGCCCCCCAGCGCGCCGUACCGCGGCCCGCGCCUCUUCGUCGGUCUCCGUCCCGCGAGCGCACGCCGCCGCCUCCCCCUCGAGCGGGGCCCGCGGAACUCGGGGGAAAGCGCAAGCCGCCGAAUUCGGCGAACCCCCCGACGCCCGAUCCAGGGCAGCCGCCGGCAACCGUUGAGUUCGACUUCACGGAAACGUUCGACGGGGGCGGACCCGCCGGCGAGGCGGAGCGCCGCGGCUCGGACCAG